CGCCAUGGCCAGGGAGGACUCGGUGAAGUGCCUGCGCUGCCUGCUCUACGCCCUCAACCUGCUCUUCUGGGUCCUUUUCUUCUAGCGAACUGAAUGAUUCCCCUAGUGACAGGACUCUGCUCAGUACUUUUGGUCUCCAGAACAUCCUUUCUGUCCCAUCUGCCUUUUACCAGGUUGCUCUGUGAUCUCCCUGUAGUCUGUGAGUAACCUGCACACUUCAUUAUGCUGCCAAAUCUGACCUCUGCUGAAAGAGCUGUUUUGCCUUCCUUGAAAUGCACCACCUCUCACUGCUGUGUAGAAUGUGUUGUUGCAUGCUAAUGGCUGAAAGAAAAUUUUUGCAGCCUGAGAGUGCCUAAUGGGCAGCUAGGAGGAGGUCCACCAGUCUGGUAUUUGAGGAAGAAUAUUAUUUAGAAAGCGAUCAUUUUUCUGGUACUGUUUUUGUAGCAGUGCUAUCUGGCUCUUACUAACAGGUACUGAGCAUUGUUUUGAUGGACUUCUCACUUCUGAACACCACUGUUGUAAAAUGAAGUAACCAAAUUGGGUUAUAUCUUACAUUUCUUGAAUAUAUCUUAAAUAUUUUACCAUAAACGGAGUGGAUGUGUGAGCUAAUGCUUUUCUGUGUGUAUCAACAGGCCUUUCAGGAAGAUGUUGAGGGUUAAAAAUGUUUCCUGCUGCCCUUUGACAACAAGAAAAUAGGCUUGUAGUCUGCUUUACCUCUCUAGUGUUUUUGACUGCUUGUGUGGUAUGCUUGCCUGAUGCUUUCUUCGGAGAUGGGUGGGAGGAGUUUAUUUGGGAGGAGAUUCCAGUCAUUUUGUUUUCCUUGUUCCUGCAACUUCCUGCAAAUAAUGCAAUGGGAAAUGUUCUUUACUGUUACUGUUGCACCAGCCAAAACAAAUCCCACAGAAUGUAAAGAACAUCAGUGAAUACAGUAGACAUGUAGCAUGCACAAGCUUCCAGGAGUAUGCUUGCAGUAUGCCAAGCACCCAGCUCCUGCUCACAGCACUCAGAACCAUGGCAGAGCCUGUACUUUGUGCACCAGGAAGAAGCUCUGGGAUAGCUACUGGGACUUCUGUGAAAUUUCAAAGGCAGAAGUAGUCCACUGUGGGCUUGCUGCAGGCUAGGGAGCCAUUAAGGACACAGAGUGACUUUCGCUGUUAGAUUUGAACCACUUAACUUGUUCUUCAAAACAACUUCAGGGCAGUAUGAAGGCAUGUGAGAAGGUAGCUGUUGGGGACAACAGGGGAGAUAAAAAGCUAAGUAUAAUGCUGGUGUGUCCUGUCAUAUCCCUAUGUAGUUCAUGAAAACAGUAGCAUUCUGGAGAGUCAGCAUGCUUAGGACUCCCUCCCUCGGCUGGACAGUGGUGCUUCUGAGGUCCUGUGUCUUCUGUGGUUUAGGCCUAGGUGCCCCUGUGAAACUGGAUGAGGAGUGCCUUGUCCUCUAGCAGUGCCUCUGCUACAGCAGCAGCAGAACUGGUUCUGUCACAGCGUGGCACGUUCUGAAUGUUGUUCGGGUUUGGCUUCUCGAGAAAAUCUAACGUCACAGCUUCUCCUGUUGAUGUCCAUCAGCAUAUUAGGUGUUUCUGCUUGGCUGAGAGACUACCUGAAUAAUGUUCUCACUUUAACUGCAGAAACAAGGGUGGAGGAGGCUGUCAUUUUGACUUACUUUCCUGUGGUCCACCCGGUUAUGAUUGCAGUCUGCUGUUUCCUCAUCAUAGUUGGAAUGCUGGGAUACUGUGGAACAGUGAAAAGAAAUCUGUUGCUCCUUGUCUGGUAUUUUGGAAGUUUGCUUGUAAUAUUCUGCGUUGAACUGGCCUGUGGUGUUUGGACCUACGAGCAGGAAAUAACGGUUCCAGUGCAGUGGUCUGAUAUGAUCACACUGAAAGCCAGGAUGACCAAUUAUGGCCUACCUAGGUACCAGUGGCUGACCCAUGCUUGGAAUUUCUUCCAGAGGGAGUUUAAAUGUUGUGGCGUGGUGUACUUCACAGACUGGCUGGAAAUGACAGAAUUGGACUGGCCACCUGACUCCUGUUGUGUCAGAGAGUUCCCAGGAUGCUCUAAGCAGGCACAUCAUGAGGAUCUCAGUGACCUUUAUCAGGAGGGAUGUGGUAAAAAAAUGUACACUUUUUUGAGGGGGACGAAGCAAUUGCAAGUGCUGAGAUUUCUAGGAAUCUCUAUUGGAGUAAUGCAGAUCCUGGCUAUGAUCCUCACUAUUACUUUGCUGUGGGCUCUGUACUAUGACAGAAGGGAUCCCAGAGCAGAUCAGAUCAUGGCAUUGAAGAGUGAUACCUCGCAGGAACUGUCAUGUCAUUCCAUGGAGCUACUGAAACCAAGUCUGACCAGGAUCUUUGAACAUACAUCCAUGGCAAACAGCUUUAAUACACACUUUGAAAUGGAAGAGCUGUAAGUGAUGCAAUGAAUCUGCGAAGUCACAGAGGAUCUUUUUGUUUAGUUGUUAUUUUUCUUCUGUUCCAUCAAAUAUGCCAAAUAUACCAGUCUUAUAUGUCAGAAACCAGCUAAUGGAUGGAAGUGAAGGAGACGAGCAAAGAAGGAUGAGCCUGUUGUCAGGCUCUUAGCCAUGCACUCAGCUGUGAAAAAUUUUGUGUGUUUGUUUUUUAAAAGGCACUCAUUCAGUUGGGCACAGAAAUACUCAUUGUCACAAGCUGUGUGAAAUGUAAAACACUGACUCAGUAGACUGGACCUGUAAGGAAGCAUCAUGGGAAGGGAAGAGAAAUACUCAUCUUCUGAAGAAACAACUGUGCUUUGAGCAAACAAAAUGUGACUUCAGCUGAAACUGACUUUUAAUAAGCCAUUUGGAAAAUGUCUUAAUCAGGGAUCUAUGUAUGUAUAAUUGUGUGUUUUCAUGUGUGCAUGGAAAACAGAGCUACAAUUCAAGUUAAUACUUGGAUUUAAAAAUUUGCAAGAUUUUUAAAUCUUAAAAAGGGUGAGAUUUUCUUUUUUCUAACAAAACCUUUAUCUUAGCUUUUGUUCUUAAAGAUGUUCUAAAACUUCUAUUUUUAUCUAACAUAACGAUUUUUAAAUUUUAAAUAUAUUAAAAAGGGAUUGAAAAAAAACCUAUAGCUAUGGACAAUAGACUUUCAUUUUCUGGAGAAUUCAUCUUUCAAAGUUUGUUCUGUGGACUGUUUCUUAGUAAAAAGGAAGAAAACCUUAAACAUUCUUUCCAAAAUGGGAAUCAACAUGGGAGUAGCACAUUUUUAUAGAUAAAUCUUUUCUCCUGUCCGUGAUUCCCCUGAAGCUAGAAACAAAAGACUGCAAGAAAAAUGCUUACAGUUCUGGAUGCUAUUGCAAUAAUUGUAAAAGUACAUGAGGAAAAAUUUUACUUUGGUGACUGCUUCAUUAAGAGCUCUCUGGUGGCUUAAAAUGCCAGCCAGAAACAGAUUAAAAUGUAUUUAUUGAGGUGGGGAAAGUGCAUUUUACUGUAUUUUUAUGAACAAUGUCUAUGUCAUAGGAUUAUUUUUACAAUUGGCCACGAUCUUGAAAUAUAUAUUUGUUCCACUGAGUCUAGUAGUUUGUGGCAAAUGGACUUUCUACAUAAUAUUACAUUUUAAAAAUUCUUUCAUUUGUUUAGGAAUUUGUAAAAGAAAAAAGAAAACAAGGUGUGAUUUGGUAGACAAUAAAAUUACUUUUCUCUUAAAU